UUGACAUAGCCACUGCUGAGCAUGAGAUUUGUAUGCGUAUGGACACUACAGUCUCAAUAGCUGGAAGUUACUCUUGGUAAAGUCAAGUGACGCUUGAGCGAAUUCUCCCUCCUUUUCAUCCUCUUUCGUGUCUAUUUCUGCUCUGCGAUAACUUUCUCUUGUUAAAGCAUCUAUAUCUUUCUGCCUCUUUUUGGUUCACCCCACAUCACAAAAUAUUUUCUUCUCAGUUGUCUUCCGGAAAAUAUUCAAGGCAGAUUGCUUCACGGGUAAGCAUGUUUCUUCGGAAAAGGCAAUCUCAUAAUCUUCAGGAGAAUGGUUCUGAAGAGCGUGAAGCCAAGGUGAAAGAACUCAGAGCCGCCCUUGGACCUCUAUCUGGACGAAGUUUGAAGUUUUGCACUGAUGGAUGCCUCAGGAGAUAUUUGGAAGCUCGAUCCUGGAAUGUUGAGAAGGCAAGAAAAAUGCUGGAAGAGACACUCAAGUGGAGAUCAUCUUAUAAGCCUGAAGAGAUUCGUUGGAAUGAAGUAGCCCAUGAAGGUGAAACUGGGAAAGUAUCCAGAGCAAAUUUUCAUGAUCUAUAUGGAAGGACUGUGCUUAUAAUGAGGCCUGGGAAGCAGAACACGUCAUCUGGCGAAGGAAAUGUCAAGCUUCUGGUGUAUAUUCUUGAAAAUUCUAUCCUUAAUCUUGCCGAGGGCCAAGAACAGAUGUCCUGGUUGAUUGAUUUUACCGGGUGGACGGUGAACACCAACAUCACCAUCAAGACAAUUCGAGAAAUAAUUUACAUUUUACAGAACCACUACCCAGAAAGGCUAGCGAUUUCCAUUCUCUAUAAGCCUCCAAGGUUUUUUGAAUCAAUUUGGAAGGUGAUCAAGUACUUUCUGGACCCAAAAACAUCUGAGAAGUUGAAGUUUGUCUACACAGGUGAUAAAAGUAGUGAGGAGUUCAUGAAGUCAUUGUUUGAUGUUGAAAAUCUUCCGCGUGAGUUUGGAGGACAAGCCACACUGAACUAUGACCACGAGGAUUUCUCCCGAUUGAUGGCCCAGGACGAUGUGAAGACUGCUAAGUUCUGGGGAUUUGAUGAGAAGCCCUUCCAAGUUAUGAAGAACCAUUCAGAGACUGAGGUGGCGCCAGUGUGACCCAGUUCACCUGCCACAGGAUAUCUAUGAAACUCAGAAAUGACAAAUGCAGCAGCCUGGAAUUGGUCAUUUGAUGCAAAUUAUAGUUAGUGUCUAAUUUGCUAAUACACCUGUAAUUGAUAUCCAGUUUCUUGCUGAGGCGAGAAAAGGCUUGUUUGUGUCUAAUGAAAUAAUGGUUAUCAGACCCGUUCAGCUCUACAUUAUACAUCAAAACGUUCAAAUA